GAACGAGCAGAAGUGACUGGAGGCUUUUCCAGGGUUGCAGGUCCUUGCAGGAUAUGUCUUACACAUCCAGCAGAUCCUGGGAAGCAUGGAGAAGGAGGAAAAGGAACAGCAGUACCCUGUGCUGAUCUUCUUGGAGAACAGUCCCGGCCAAUUCUAUCAGUUGGCAUGCCUUCUGAUGGCAUCCUUAGCCAACAGCAGUAUCAAAGUGCCCUGUUUUGGGCAGACAAAGUAGCUUCACUGUCUCAUGAGGAGCCACAAGAUAUCUACUGGUUGGCCCAAUGUCUGUACCUAACAGCUCAGUAUCAUAGGGCAGCACAUGCCCUACGGUCACGCAAGCUGGAUAAGUUAUACGAAGCGUGUCGCUACCUGGCAGCUCGAUGUCACUAUGCUGCAAAAGAACAUCAGCAGGCCCUGGAUAUUCUUGAUAUGGAAGAGCCAAUCAACAAAAGACUUUUUGAAAAGUACUUGAGGGAUGAAAGUGGAGUGAAGGACUCUACCACAGACUGGGAGAUGUCACAAUCUUCUAUCAAGAGCUCUAUCUGCCUUUUGCGAGGGAAGAUCUAUGAUGCUUUGGACAACAGAACCCUGGCAACACACAGCUACAAGGAGGCCUUGAAGCUUGAUGUUUACUGCUUUGAAGCAUUUGAUCUUCUAACGUCGCACCACAUGCUGACGGCACAGGAAGAAAAAGAACUUCUUGAAUCUCUACCUCUUAGUAGACAAUGUACAGAAGAAGAGCAAGAAUUGCUUCACUUCUUGUUUGAAAAUAAAUUGAAAAAGUACAAUAAACCCAGUGAAACACUGAUACCUGAAUCAGUAGAUGGUCUCCAGGAGAACCUGGAUGUAGUAGUAUCCUUAGCUGAAAGACACUAUUACAACUGUGAUUUCAAAAUGUGUUACAAGCUUACUUCGGUAGUGAUGGAAAAGGAUCCUUUCCAUGCAAAUUGUUUACCUGUGCACAUAGGGACACUUGUGGAGCUUAAUAAAGCAAAUGAGCUUUUCUAUCUUUCUCACAAACUGGUGGACUUGUACCCAAAUAAUCCUGUGUCAUGGUUUGCAGUAGGAUGCUACUAUCUCAUGGUUGGCCACAAAAAUGAACAUGCCAGAAGAUACCUCAG